AUGCAGCAGCAGCAGCACCACAACCCGGACCAAGUCCCGCACAGAAAGAACAGGAAAAGGAGGAUGCGCACAGGCCCACCACCACUCACAUACUCGCUGGAGCAGCUGCAGCAGCUGCAGAUGCAGCAGCUGCAGCAGCAGCAGCAGCAGCAGCUGCAGCAGCUGCCGCUGCUCACUGUACGCAAGACAUCUCUGCCAUAUCGCCUAGCACACGGGCUAACCACCCACGCAGUCGCAGCAGCAGAACAGUACCACUGGCUGCAGCAGCUGCAGCUGGAGCAGCAGCAAGAACUGCAGCAGCUGCAAGAGCAGCAGCUGUUGGAACAACACCAGCUGCUGCUGCAACAGCAGCUGCUGCAACGACAGCAGCUGCAGCAGAAGCCCCAACGGCGAAAACGGAGAAGGCGCUACUGGAGACGAAGACGGCAGCAGCAGCAGCAGCAGCAGCAGCAGCAAGAAGGGAGCCAGCAACAGCAGCAAGACCACCGACACCAGAAACGGCUGCAGCAGAAACGUCGCCAGCAGCAGCGGCGGAGGCGAAGACGGCAGCAGCAGCAGCAGCAGCUACGGCAGCAGCAGCAGGACGAGUGGUAUGAGGACCAGCGAGAGCAGCAGCUGUUGAGGGAGCAGCAGCAGCAAUGGCAGCAGCAGCAGUGGGAGGAGGAAGGAAGAGACAGGACACAGCUGCCGCCUAUUGACCGCGAGCAGCUGCUGCUGCUGCUGGGGCCGCGGCAGCAGCAGCUGCUGCUGCGCCUCACCAGCACAACAAGCAGCAAAGUGCUCGAAGUGCUCAGCAUGUCAGAUGAACAAGCUCGAACUCAGCUGGCAGCAGCAGUUGCAACAGCAGCAGCAGCAGCAGCAGCAGCAACGGGAGCAGCAGCAGACGCGCUCGACGUCGGGUCCCAGCUGCCUCCGUCGGCCGCUGCUGCAGCAGCAGCAGCCGCAGCAACAGCAGCAGCAAGAGCCACGCGACACAUAGCAGCAGCAGCAAUACCCGCAGCAGCAGCAGCAGAAAUCAUAACUACGCUGUGGCCCCCUGAAGAAGCAGCAGCAGUAACAGCAGCAGUCACCGUCGCAAUAGCAGCAGCAGCAGCAGCAGCAAACGGCUUCUCUGCAGCAGCAAGAGCAGCAGCACGCGCCACGCAACGCGGGUCCCCAGAAGCCACUGCUGAGGCCCAACUAGCAGCAGCAGCAGCAGCAGCACUCAGCCAAACAGCAGCAAAAAGCAUUUUGCGCAUCAACAGCCUCGUUUGUGUCAGUGACAGAAGCAACAGCAGCAGCAGCAGCAGAAGCAGCAGCAGAAGCAGCAUCAACUCUGCUGACUUCACCUAG